CUGCACACACAGCUCCACCAACCAAACAAACCUCGCCUCCGUCGGGGGGACAAAACGCUCGCCCCUUCUCUCUCUCUCCCUACAAUAAAUCCGCCUACUACUUUGAUUCAUCACUACGCCGUAAAUUGCCCGGCUGUUACCCGCGCAACGCCGUAAAUCUCCCCGCGAUCGAAACCGCACGCACGAGCAGGAGCAGAGCACUCUCCUCUGUUUUUCCGCCAUGACGACGACCGCCACGUCCUGCUCAGGCGCCACGGCAGAUGACUCGUCGCAUGGCUGCUGCCUCAUCGUCGCCCCCUUGCUCGACAAAGCGGCCGGGGAGGUCGUCAUCCCGGUGGCCGCGGACGAGGCGGCGCCGGUGCUCACGUGCAAGCCGCCGGGCCGGCUCGCCAAGGCGGUGAAGGAAGCCUGGUCCGUGUCCCUGGGCAUCGCGAUGCCCAUGAUGCCGCCGCUGUCCGCCACCGCGGCGCAGGACGAGGCGCGCUCCAUCCUCGCCCUCGCAUUCCCGAUGAUCCUCACGGGGCUCCUCCUCUACCUCCGCUCCAUGAUCUCCAUGCUCUUCCUCGGCCGCCUCGGCGGGCUGGCCCUCGCCGGCGGCUCCCUCGCCAUCGGCUUCGCCAACAUCACGGGCUACUCGGUGCUCUCCGGCCUCGCCAUGGGCAUGGAGCCCAUCUGCGGCCAGGCGUUCGGGGCCGGCAACCACUCGCUCAUCGGCCUCACCGUGCAGCGGACGGUGCUGCUCCUCAUCGCCGCCGCGGUGCCCAUCGGCGGGCUGUGGAUGCACAUGCGCCCCCUCCUCCUCCUCUGCGGCCAGGACGCCGCCAUCGCCGCGGUGGCCGAGACGUACAUUCUCGCGUCCCUGCCCGACCUCCUCCUCCAGGCAUUCCUCCACCCGGUGCGGAUAUACCUCAGGAUGCAGUCCGUGAACCUGCCGCUCACCGUCUGCGCCGCGCUGGCCAUCGCCAUCCACCUCCCCAUCAACUACGUGCUCGUCACCGUCCUCGGGCUGGGAAUCAAGGGCGUGGCAAUGGCGUCCGUGCUGGCCAACCUGAACCUGCUCCUCCUGCUGCUCGGCUACAUCUUCUUCACUGGCAUCCACAGGCGCACGGGCGGCUUCGCGCUCUCCGCCGAGAGCUUCUGCGGCUGGGGCGAGCUGGUGACCCUAGCGGUACCCAGCUGCGUGAGCGUGUGCCUCGAGUGGUGGUGGUACGAGAUCAUGAUCCUGCUCUGCGGGCUGCUGCUCAACCCGCAGGCCACCGUGGCGUCCAUGGGCAUCCUCAUCCAGACCACCUCGCUCAUCUACAUCUUCCCCUCCUCCCUCAGCUUCGGCGUCUCCACCCGCGUCAGCAACGAGCUGGGCGCGGGGCGGCCGGACGAGGCCAGCCGCGCCGCCACGUCGGGGAUCAUGCUCGGCUUCGCGUUCGGGGCCUUCGCCUCCAUCUUCGCGUUCCUGGUGCGGGACGUGUGGGCCAGCAUGUUCACGGCGGACCCGGCGAUCGUCGCGCUCACGGCGUCGGUGCUGCCGAUCCUGGGCCUCUGCGAGCUGGGCAACUGCCCGCAGACCACCGGGUGCGGCGUGCUGCGCGGCAGCGCGCGGCCCAAGGACGCCGCCAGCAUCAACCUCCGGUCCUUCUACCUGGUGGGCACGCCCGUGGCGCUCGUGCUGGCAUUCUGGUUCCACUACGACUUCACGGGACUCUGGUUCGGCCUCCUGGCGGCGCAGGCCACCUGCAUGGUGCGCAUGCUGCUGGUCAUCGGCCGCACCGACUGGGCCGCCGAGGCCAAGCGGUCGAAGCAGCUCACCGGGUCGCCGGCGGCGGCAGCCGACGACGAGCCGAAAGUCGGCGGCGGCGCAGACGAGAAGUCGCGCCUGCUUCUCGACGCAGCAGAAGAUCGGUGCUGAGAGCUACCCGCGCGCGCGCGCGCGUGCGUUAAUUGUGUUCUACUACAGUACCCUCUUUCUUUUCUUUCUUUCUCGAGGAAAGAGGCGUGCUGGCUGACAGGGUGCCAAUUUUGUUCCGCAUUUGCUAGUGUAGCGAGCGAGCGAGGGAGCCCAUUGUAAAGAUUUUAUUUACUGAUGAUGAAGAUGAUUGCUAGUAGUGUUA